UCCGCAUCAGCCAAGGUCUGGAAUAAACUCGGCAUGCCGGAGAACAAGAUCGUCAUUGGUUUGGCGACGUACGCUCGCGGCUGGACGUUGUCUAAAGCGUCGGACAGCAAAGUUGGAGCAGCCGCCUCUGGACCUGCGAAACAAACGACGUUCGUCAGGGAAGCCGGUGUCGCCUCGUACUAUGAGAUUUGCAAAAUGAUCGAACAGGGAGCAAAACGAUAUUUCGAUGAUGAGGCGAAGGUGCCUUACAUCGUCAUGGGAGACCAGUGGUUUAGCUACGACGACGUCGAAAGUUUUGAUUACAAGCUUGAUGUAAUGAUGAAAAAUAAGUACAAAGGCGCCUUUGUUUGGACGUUGGACUUCGAUGAUUUCAACGGCCAAUGUCAGUCUAGCAAAGGGAAGAAAUAUCCCCUACUCAGAAGAAUGAAGGACAAACUAUCCCGAAUGGGUUCAGAGGUAAGUUGCAGUUUGAGCCUAAUCAACUGUAUGACUAAUUUAUUUAUUAAUUUUAUUUGAAA